AUGGAAAAACCCAUCAAUACCGGGAUUCACCAACCCGAAGAAUGGGAAGAUUAUAAAGAGAAUACGGGGGUAAUUAAUCCCUUUCACGAUGUCGAUCAGGAAGAUACUUUAUUUCAUCGCUGCGCUUCCUCAGCUAGUAUUACUACACCAUUACCUCGUAGUAUUGGUAGCUCAAAUUACUCCACUACAUCUCUCUCUAGUCCUAGUCCCAAUUUCCCCAUAAACUCCCACCUAAACCAAACAAACUCUCACCUCCCUUCCCCCUCCCCAACCCCAACCCCAUCCUACAAAUUGCACGACCCACUCCUUACCACCAUUUCCCCCUCCCACUCCAUCACCUCCCCCACCCAACCAAAAACAAAAACAAACCCAAACCCAAAUUCAAACCCCAAAACCACCCGCAUCCCCCGCCUCCCCUCCCGCGGCAUACCCCACAUCAACCCCUCCACCCAAAAGAACUGGCAACCAAUCCUGCAAUCCUAUCUCUCCUACUCCUUCCUCAACCCUGAUAUCCUCGAAGAAGCGCUCGAGACGCCCAAAAACGGUGUUACGAGUGUAGGGACAACAAGACGGAUAUGUAUGGAUGGAAAUGCGGGGAUGGCGAAAUUAGGAGAGAUGGUUAUGCGGUUGGUUUUGAGGGAGCAGUUUUAUUUGUUUAGUAUUCCUCAUGCACAAGCGGCUCAAAUAACAAAUCGUGUUCUUUCUCGUCAUUCACUCAAUGCCUAUCCUACUAUAGCAUCAUGUAUUCGUCCUCAGCCCUACAUUCCGGUAUCUUUUCGCAACAUCAUAGAGCUUGUCAAAGAAGACACGCGCGAAGAUAGUACGCGUGCUAUUAGUAGGGCAGUUAAGGCUGUUAUUGGGGCCGUGUAUUUAGAUGGUGGGAUUGAAAAUGCAAAGAAGGUGAUGGAGAAUUUGCAGAUGGGGAUUAAGUUACCACCGGGAAGUAGGGACGAGGCCGCCGCAAUCGCAAUGUCUUACACGACUACCUAA